AUUUGACCAACAGCUCAAUUAAAUAAUUAAAUAAAUUGGUUUAAAAAGUCAGUGACAGAUUGACUGACUAGCUGUAUGAGGUGUGCUAGUGGCCAAGUCAAAACGGAGGCCUACACUGGUGUAUCAAUUUCCGGGCUCUCAAUGCCAUCACAGUGAAGAGCCGAGAACCUCUGCCUCUGAUCCCGUGUUCAUGAAGUUGGACCGGCGAACUUAACUAAUAGCUCAGAGUUGUUAAAAUCUUAUCUAGCGACACAAGUGUCUUUAUGACUGAAGUCCAUAAAUGGUUGACUGACUGACAAGUCCAAGUAGCAUGCAAAUAUGUGUCAGUGCUCACCGAGGUACAGUGUGGACAGAUGUCUGUGUUGGCUAAUCCCAUUUUAAAUAGUUUACCUUGAGUGAUGUGAGUCCUAUGUAUGGUUUUAUAUUGUAUAAGUUGCAGGUUAGUGUUAGAGGUCAUGGAGAAUAUAUUUUUGCAGAUAUUUGUCCAGAAAUCUGGGGUUGUAGGGAACGCCAGGUCAUUUUCCCAUUUUGCUAUUGGGAGUGUUAUGGACGAGGUUGAGGAGGCAAUCAUUUUGUAGAGUUGUUUUUUGGAUGAACUGCAAUUCUUAAUAACUGUUCAAUAGUAUUUGUGGGUUGGAGUGUGUUGUUUUUAUUAAUUUUGCUUUUAAUUAUUGCUUUCAGUUGUUGGUAAUGAAGGAACUGGUCUUUUCCAAUCCCAUAUUUCUGGACAAUUAGUAGGAAUUGGUUAUUUUCAAAUAGGUGAUGGAGGUGGGUGAUACCUUUAGAUUCCCAUUUGGAAAAGUGAAUUGGGGUCUUAUGUAGUAGGAAGUCAGGGUUGUGCCAUAUGGGGGUGAGUUAGAAGGUGUCAGGGUUGAUUUAGUUAUUUUGUUGGUUUUCCACCAGGCUAUUUAACACACCUGAUUCAACUCCUUGUGCCAAUUACCACACAGCUCUUGAGCUGAAUCAUUUAUGGUGGAACAGGGAAAGAACUAAGCUACACAGGGCCCCGGCCCUCCAGGACUGGAGUUGGGCACCCCUGCCCUAUUGCGAUCCAUCCUUAGCUUUUAUUCAUUUGGCUAAAAAAUGCCUUUUCCAAGCGAUGAAUUGUACAAAGGUUACAUACGCCGCAACUUGGCAAGGUUUGUGACAAUAGUGAAAUCAACGGAAAUCAUGGUUCAUCUCCCCUGCCUUACUCAGUCUGAUCGGGAUGAAAUAAUGGCUAAGAGAGAGAGCAGAGGCAAUUACGACGCUAUGGAGCGGCUGUUGGACUGUUUAAAGCGGAGUGAAAACUGGCCUGAUGAUUUAAUCAAGGCCCUGAGAUCCUGUGAACAAUGGGAACUUGCUUCAGAGCUUGAGAUGGCAUAUGAAUCACUCAGGGUCCGGCCCACUAGGAGUAGUGGGACUCCUGCUUCUGUUCCUAUGACUGCUCCAGUGGAUGCCAGCCGUCACACUGUCUCAAACCUUCCAGAACAUGCCACUACUGAAGCUGUCCCAGCUGUUCCAGCUCCAGCAGAGACGGGCCACUCAGCUCCACUGCCCAGUUCCUUUCAGGCGGCUUCCAGUGAUAAGGGCAUCACCCCUAAUCACACAGAUACUCUUAGUGGUCCGGGUGAGACUGACUCACAGGUGUCUGCGUUACCCCAUGACGCCCACCCUCGAGUCACAGAAGAGCUUAAGAAUGCCUCUGUAGUAUCUGCACCUACUCCUCAGGAGAGCCUAAUUGGCAGGCCAGUACAGGAUACCAACCCACCAGAUGCCAGUUCAAACCCAUUUCCAAAACUAGUACAGACCUCCAGUUCAAGCAAUGAUCAGGUAAUUGAUAACCAUCCCCAUGCGGAGCCUAGUCAAGCACGUCAGGCUCAGCGUACUGCCAGGCCAACUGCAUCUUCUGCUGAUCUUAACCAAGCCGAAAAUCUUGCAACUUCCACCUCCAACCAUGAUGCCAUGUCUGAAGAAAUGUACUUUAGCAAGCCUGGAACACUUCGUGCCCAUUCUGCUGAACAACCCCAUUAUUUUGACAACCAAAGAGCUGCUGAAUCAGUGGAUGAGGAGCCAUACUCUGGUCAUUCUGAGCGCUCGGAGAUCAGUGAAACUGUGCAACACCCAGAGCUGGAAGAGAACUCUUAUGAGAGCCUGCUCAAUAGUCAGGAUGUGCGUGUAAUUGAAGGAUAUGUGACUGAAGAGAUCCCUGUACUCAAUCAUGCAGGUCAACCCACAAGCCCGGCAAAGGAAAAACUGACCACUCGUCAUGACAUCCACCCCACUUCUGGAAGAGCUGACAUUGCAACCCAUGAUUGUACACAAGAAGGGGGACCCAGCUUCCCCUACAACCUGUUAGAGAACUACCAUAUCCCUCUUUUUGUUCUGGCUGGAGCAUGCAUUCUGGUCUUGGUAGGGAGACUGAGGAAAUAGUUAUGUUAAAAGGGGAUGGUGAAUGUACAAUAUCUCAUACAAUAUCAAAAUCUAUCUAUAUGCUUGUCUUUUGAGAAAAGGUAUUUUAUAGAUGAAUGUCUAUAAAUUUCCUCACACAAGAGUUUAAAUAUAUUUUAAAAUAUAUUUUUGCAUAACAUUCUCUUUUGUUUUGCAUAUUCUUUAUUCAUGUAAAACUUUCAUAUAAGAAGACUCUUAAUCAUGAGCACAUGAGGUGUUUCCCGUUCAAUAAACCAUUCUUAAUACUGCUGGUUGUAUUUACCAAAGCAUCUCCAUUUACUCAUGCAAGUGUGUGAUGGGUCCCUGAAAUAAAAAAGUACAAAAAAUAACAGAUCUUUGAAGACCCAGUGUAAGAUCUAAUAUCCUGCAGUCCAAUCUAUUUUAGUACAUUACAUAUCAGUUUUAUUUAGCAUAUUUAUCAUUCUAAAAGUAAACCUUAAGAUUAAUUUAAGUAUUAAGUAUUUUCUCUUUUUUAUGGAUCUUAUUAAUGUCAAGCAUCCGAAAGCACUUGUUUGUCAAGUUUUGAAGAUUAUGUUUGUGUAAAUAAAGAGGCUAUGAGUUUAAUAGGACCUAAUAUAUAAAUAGUGCACUUAUAUUGAGAGAAGUUGUUAAGAAUGUGUUUUAUUCCUUUUUAGUAAUUAGGUUUUUUUGUGCACGAUAAUUAAUUAUGUUGGGCUUUUUGGGCAUAAAAGGCUUGUGUCUGCACUUUAAGUAUUUGUAUCUUGGUGUUUCAUCUUUUUCUGCACAUUUUAUUACUGUUGGAAUCAUGAAUACUAAGCUGCUUGUUUAAUAACAGUUAAAUCUGUGUGCUGCUUUGUAGAUGAAUGGGUGAAAUAAAGUCCAAAAUUAUUUUCUAAAACAUUAACUUUAUUGUCAUUUAAAGUUCUAUAAUUGGUGGAUUGGAGUAAUCCAUAACUUUUUGUUAGUAUUCUUGUUAAGGGUACUUCAGUUUAUAUAGCUCAGUAAAAUAAAUAAAUAAAUAAAACGCUGUAUUUCUCUGCCAUGCACAUACUACACUUAUCCAAAAGUUGUGGGCAGUGUAUGCAAAUGUCCAUUAUUCAUUCCAACAAUUGAAAAUAAAAGGGGUACAUUUACACAUAAA